GGCAUUCUCUUUGGGCCAGGAUAUUGUCAAUCAUUGGUGGGAGGCGGGACUGACAGCCCCUGUUGCCUGGUCAGUGUUUGUGUCACUCAAGGCGACAAGGAAGGAAGGAGCGUCAUCAUGGAGAAGGCGACAGAAGAGAGAGGCAACCUGGCUGGCGUUCAGCACAUUGUUCUGGUGCUCUCAGGAAAAGGGGGAGUGGGGAAGAGCACCAUUUCCACACAGCUGGCGUUGGCUCUGCGUGGGGCUGGGAAAAAGGUUGGGAUCCUGGAUGUGGACCUCUGUGGCCCCAGCACCCCUCACAUGCUCAAUGCGCAGGACCAAGAGGUUCACCAGUGCGACGGCGGCUGGGUGCCAGUCUUCAUUGACCAGGACAAAAGCAUUGCCCUCAUGUCAAUUGGCUUCCUUCUGGAGAAGCAAGAUGAUGCUGUCGUAUGGAGAGGACCAAAGAAAAAUGCUUUGAUCAAGCAGUUCGUCACUGAUGUCACCUGGGGAGAACUCGACUUCUUGGUUGUAGAUACACCCCCCGGAACGUCUGAUGAGCACAUAUCCGCAGUAGAGGCUCUUCGGCCUUAUAAGCCUUUAGGGGCAAUUCUGGUUACAACACCACAGGCAGUGUCUGUGGGAGAUGUGAGACGAGAACUGACAUUCUGCAAGAAGACAGGAUUGCGGGUCCUUGGGAUUGUGGAGAAUAUGAGUGGCUUUGUCUGCCCACAUUGUUCGGAAUGCACAAAUCUCUUUUCCAAAGGAGGUGGACAAGAACUGGCUGAUCAUGCUGGGGUGCCAUUCCUUGGUUGUGUGCCCUUGGACCCGCAGCUCAGCCAGAGUUUGGAAGCAGGCAGAGACUUCCUCCAAGAAUUUCCUAAGAGUUUGGCCUUCCCUGCGCUUGCCAGUAUCGCCCAACAUAUUUUGACUGCAGCAUCCAGCUCCUGAAGUGAGAAACGAGGCAGGAAUCUACUCCCACAAUGCCUCCUUUGGGCAUGAAGGAACUCAACAAAGCAAGAGAAGCAGUGAAUUUGGAAGAGGCUUGAUUUGAUCCAAGCAGCUUGCCUGCAGCUCUGUUUCCCUUCUGGAUGAGUGGCUGUAAUGUCUGCACAGACCAUUCUUUAGAUCAUUUUGAACUUUGCAUUUAGCAUUUCAGCUGGCAGUAACAGUAUAGUCAGUUCCUGUUUUGGUCCAACAGGCUAGAAACUCAUUCAUAAUUCAUAAUCACACAGAGCUGGGUAUUACUAGUGGGACUGUGAGACAUUUGGUACUCUUGCUCUUGCCCUCUCUCCACCACCUUGACAUUUAUUAUUAUUAUUAUUAACUUUUAUUGAAGCCUUAUGUGUUCAGUUGUUAUCCUAACAAAAACCUUACUCAUUUGUGUCACAUGGAAAUUGGUGCUCUGGAGAAUUAAUUAUGACUCAGGGAAUUUUAGGUACCCAACAUCUAUUAAACAGGAUUUUGUUGCUA